AUGUCUACCUCGAUCACUGCUACCACUUCCACCACCAUCACUACUACCCGCACCCUGCGCGUAUGCUGCGCCCAAGCCGCGCGCCCCACCCCGUCUCGCAAGCAUUCGCUGCGCAUCGUCCUGCCGCCUACGUCGGCUGGCACGGCGGUCAUCACGUAUACCUGGCCCGAGGAUCGCGUCUCGUACCACGGACCCAGGAAAGACAACCUUCCCCGGCGGAAGGAGGGGAGGGCUGAUUAA